GCAGUUGUUGCCAUCCUGUACCUGUCCCGCAGGUGUGAUGUUCGGAUGUACCGAUCCUGUGCAGGUGUUGUUACACGUGGUCUGCCACUGCGAGGGCAGGCAGCUGUCCAUCCUGUCUCCCUGUCGUGCUGUUUUAGGCGUCCCCCGUCGUUGCAAUUUAUUUCCCUGGCCACAUCUGCAGUUCUCAUGCCUCCUUGCAGCAUGCCUAAGGCAUGUUCAAGCAGAUGAGCUGGGAUGCCGAGCAUCUUUCUUUUGGUGUUUUUCAGAGUCAGUAGAUAGGCCUCUUUAGUGUCCUACGUUUUCAUGACUGUGACCUUAAUUGCCCACCGUCUGUAAGUUGUUAGUGUCUUAACAACUGUUCCACAGCUGCAUGUUCAUUAAUUGUUUGUGGUUCAUUGGACUAGCAUGGGAAACGGUGUUUAAACCCUUUACAAUGAUCUGUGAAGUUAUUUGGAUUUUAACUAAUUAUCUUUGAAAGAGAGUGUCCUGAAAAAGGGACGCUUUUUUUCCCUGAGUUUAUAUUGUAGAGUAACUGUGUAAUACUGAAAGAAUGGUUAGACAAUUUCUGUGUUCAUUUAUUUUACAUAGUUGCAACUUGAGCGGUAUGACUGGCCACAUACAGUAUCAUUCACCUGUUGCACCCAUUUAUUUAGUGUCCUGAUAUAUUGUUACAAUAAAUUCAAAAGGAACGUUCAUAACAUGCAAAAUAGCUACCCUGGUUUGUACGGUUAUGAACAAUGCAUAGAUGCUUUUCCGGUUGCAUGUGUACUUUGCUCAAUCAAUGUAAACAUGACGCGGUGCUUUCGACCUCCCUCUGGUAUCACUGGCUAUAAAUAAAUGUAUAACUACAUUUUUAUUGGUAUUUCAUGAAUGAGUCAUGUCUCACCCGUGUAAAUUCCUCUAAUGCCGUCAGGGGAUCUGAUAGGCUACUGUUCCUACAGAGGUGUGUCUGUCUGGAAAUUUGGUACAUUCAUUCACAGCGGAGUUCAUGUUUUUAAGACCUUUUUCUUUUCAGCACCUUUGUAAAUUGCAGGAUGUCUGUCGACAAUGUUUAUGGCCGCGUAGAGCAGUAUAGGAACGCAUGAUAAAAAUUCAUUAUUUCGCUACUGACAUUUUUUCACCCAACACUCGCAAUUCGACUCCCAUCACCUUAUAGGUUAUCAAAUCUCUUUACAGAUUAAGUCAGAAGCCGAUUCAUAUCGAUAAUCAAGAGGUCGCUUCGCCAACGAAUUGACUUCGUCAGGUGCAUAGCCUACAGCUCAGUUCAGUAGGCGAGCCAACGAAAAAAAGAACUGCGAGAAAACAGAACCACCCACAGAAGAUUUAUAGAGAUGGCGAAGGCAGACCAGCGCUUUGGGCAGAGAGAUGGCUCCGACCAGAACUUUGACUACAUGUUCAAGCUCCUCAUCAUUGGAAACAGCAGCGUGGGAAAAACUAGCUUUCUGUUCCGCUACGCAGACGACUCGUUCAGCAACUCUUUCGUCAGCACAGUGGGCAUCGACUUCAAAGUCAAGACUGUCUACAGGAAUGACAAGCGGGUUAAGCUCCAGAUAUGGGAUACAGCAGGGCAGGAGAGGUAUAGGACUAUCACCACCGCUUACUACAGAGGAGCUAUGGGCUUCAUCCUCAUGUACGAUAUCUGCAAUGAAGAGUCCUUCAACGCUGUGCAGGACUGGGCUACCCAGAUAAAAACCUAUUCGUGGGAUAACGCUCAGGUCAUCCUGGUGGGCAACAAGUGUGAUGUGGGCGAGGAGAGGGUGGUGCCCACAGAGAAGGGGAAGCACUUGGCUGACCAAUUAGGGUUCGAGUACUACGAGGCCAGCGCCAAGGAGAACAUUAAUGUCCGCCAGGUGUUUGAGCGGCUGGUCGACAUCAUCUGCGUCAAGAUGUCCGAGCGAGUGGACGUGGAGCCGCCCAUGGUCCCCGGCGUCAAGACUACCAGACUCACCGACAAGCCCCCCCAGUUACCUCAGAAGUGCACCUGUGCCUGACUCACACUUAUAGGGCUGAGCCAAGCCAUGCCGAGCCAAGCCAUGCCGAGCCAUACUUGGCUGGCCUGGUUACGCUUCUACCAUAGUUGCUGGAACCAUACUGGAAAAUACCAUUUGAAUAGAAACUAUCCUAGCCAGCACCGUGCAGUUGGGGUUGGCCCUAUAGUAUGAGUGAGGUACUACUGAUUUGGCCCCUCAGUUCUCCACUACGAUACUUGCCAUUCAAAUCAAAAUCAAAUCAAAUGUAUUUAUAUAGCCCUUUGUACAUCAGCUGAUAUCUCAAAGUGCUGUACAGAAACCCAGCCUAAAACCCCAAACAGCAAGCAAUACAGGUGUAGAA